GCAACACCACGUCCGCUUCCGGUUACUGAGGACACGUCACUGGUUUGACUGAGAAAGGGAAGCUGUGCAGAAUUGUCGCGUUUUGACCACUUUAAACGGCAAAAAAGAUGUCGAACUCAGUCAUAUCUGUUAUUUCUCGGUUUCUGGAGGAGUACACCACCACGACGCCCAACAAGCUGAAGGUGGUGGACGCGUAUUUGCUGUACAUCUUGCUAACAGGAGCGCUGCAGUUCCUCUACUGUCUCCUCGUCGGCACCUUCCCAUUCAAUAGCUUUCUGUCGGGCUUCAUCUCAUGUGUGGGCUCCUUCAUUCUCGCAGUGUGUCUUCGUAUUCAGAUCAACCCACAGAACAAAGGAGAGUUCCUGUCCAUCUCCCCAGAGAGAGCCUUCGCUGACUUCCUGUUUGCUCACACAGUCCUGCAUCUUGUUGUGAUGAACUUCAUUGGCUGAAAGAGACGUACAUCAAACUCACAUUGCCCCCCUUUCUCAGAAGAUUACGACAAGAGAAGUUAUUAAAAUUCCCCUAAAAGACAAGAAGCUGCGAGUGUUUUUGUGCCAUCGCACCAUCCAUGCUGAAUUUAAUGCAUCUUGUCACAUACGAUGCAGUACAGUUUUCUUACUGACAAAAUGGUCAAGUUUUUUAUGUUGGAAAUUUGUAAAGCAUUCCCAUUUUGCACUGGUUCAGAAAUAAAACAACUGUAAUGGUG